GCACGUGCGCCGAGCGCUGUCAUAUGAUAUUAUAUGCACGUAUUCUUAAUUCGUCAUACCCUGUCACGAUAUCUAGAAGAAUAAAAAGAGACUUUGACGACGAAGAUCUGUUGAUAAGGUAUCACUCGCGAUGGAGAGCAAUACAGACCAUCUCGACUCCAAGUCAUCGUCGGGGGAAGGCGAAGAGAACAAGAGUCGUGAUCAUUGGACAGGAAAACUAGACUUUCUUCUCAGUUGUGUUGGCUAUGCAAUCGGUCUGGGUAACGCCUGGCGCUUCCCUUACAUCUGCUACACGAACGGAGGGGGAGCUUUCCUCGUUCCGUAUCUGAUCGCGCUCUUCGUCUGCGGAAUGCCUUUAUUCUUCAUGGAGGUGGCGAUGGGACAGUUCUCGAGCAGGGGAGCGAUUGCUGUGUGGAACAUCUGCCCGCUAUUCAAGGGUCUUGGCGUCGCUACUGUGGUGAUAACGUGCCUGCAGAGCUUCUACUACCAUCUCCUCAUCGCCUACAUCCUCUUCUACCUCGUCAUGUCCUUCACGAAGCAGCUGCCGUGGGAGACGUGCGGCAACCCGUGGAACACUGCCGCGUGCGUGCGACGUGGUGUGGACGUUCUCAUUGGAACAAACAUGUCUGCCGAACUGCAGAACCACACAGAGUUCGCGGACACUGUCAUGGCCGCUCUGGCCAACAGCAGCGCGGUCAACGUCAGCGACGUCGUCAUUGCCAAGGCAACGACACCGAGCGAAGAGUUUUGGUACAAUUUCAUCCUGGAGAUCACUGAUGGGCUUCACGUGGUUGGCGGCAUUCAUUGGAAGCUGUUGUUGGCACAUUUUAUCGGCUAUGUGUUCGUUUUUAUCUGUAUCCAUAGGGGCGUCAAAUCCAUCGGAAAGGUUGUCUAUUUUACUGCUACGUGCCCUUACGUGCUUCUCGGAAUACUGCUAGUAAGGAGUGCCACUCUACCAGGAGCCGUAAAUGGCCUCAAGUAUUACCUGACUCCGCAGUGGGAGCUGCUGCUUGAUUUCAAGGUAUGGGGGCUGGCGUUCGUUCAGAUAUUCUAUUCCCUUGGGCCUGGCUUUGGAACGCUCAUCACUAUGGCAUCGUAUAAUCGUUUCCAUGACAACAUGCUGAGGGAGGCCUACCUCGUACCAAUCAUUAACAGUGCCACGAGCAUCUUCGCUGGAUUGGUCGUGUUCACGGCUCUAGGAUACAUGGCUGAAAUCACCAACCUGGAAGUUAAAGACGUCGUUGCUACAGGACCUGGUCUAGCGUUUAUCGUCUACCCUGAAGUUAUCACACAUCUCGCCGUCUCUCCUCUGUGGGCAAUCGUGUUUUUCUGCAUGCUAUUAACGCUGGGAUUGGAUAGUCAGUUUGUGAUGAUAGAGACGAUAGUCACCGUCGUCUGGGACCACUUCUCGUCCAAACUUAAGAAGGGGAAAAUACUGAUCACGCUCGCUGUGUGCGUCUUCAUGUUUCUACUCGGAGUGCCUCUCACAACGCGGGCUGGCUCGUAUCUGUUCGUCAUCGUUGAUUGGUAUGCAAUAGGAUACUCCGUCAUGCUGAUAUGUCUUGCCGAAGUCUUGGUCGUCGGCUGGCUAUAUGGAGCUAGCCGGCUGUUGGAUGAUGUCGAAUUCAUGGUCGGACGCCGAGUGCUAGGUAGAACUGCUUUCAUCAUUUUGUGGAAAUUCAUCGUACCCGUUGUUCUUUUGGUGAUUCUGUUCUUCAGCAUGAUCACACAUGUACCAGUCACGUACUUUGGCUAUGAGUAUCCAAUGUGGAGUAUUGCAUUCGGUUGGGUGCUGGCAAUGAUGUCAAUAAUUCCGAUACCGGUAUACGCCAUCUAUCACCUGACGCACGUCCAGUGCAACGGCACCUUUUGGCAGCGCCUGCGUGGGAGUAUUAGGCCAUCAGAUGUGUGGGGACCCGCCCUGGAACCGUAUCGGUCCGAGUACUGGUACGCGCGUCUUACACAUGGCAACGGGGCGCCACCUGAAGGCAAGCAAGCUAAAGAACAGGAGAUGCGGCUGCUCAAGAAACACGAUGAUGAAGAUCAUCGCCGUAACGAAGAGACGCAACAGGCAGCAGUCCCACCGGUGCAAGUGUUACCAUAGAAACCACUUCGUUGUUGAGUGCAGAACACGGGCACCCGCGGAAUGUCACAGUCGCAAUUUUGCGUAUAGCCGCUCCUGGAGCAAUGAUUCCAUUCUGUAUGGCGUAGAAGCUUUCGUGUGGAAGCGGAUAAAAUUAUAUUAAAUUACAUUUAUUGCACGACAGAGAUAAAAGAAACACGCAUAAUAAUGAAUAAUAAGUACUAAAUACCCUUAAGACAUAUGCAAUCGGGUUAGUGUAGUAUCUAUUAUUUUAUAUAUGUGAAACACUUAGGUGUGUUUCCUCAAGCUAUGCUCUGAAUGGUUGGAGCAAUAAUUGCUUAGAGCUCAUGACCUAAAAUGGAAAUUUGUGUGCCUUUGUUUUAUUGUACUGUUGAAGUACACGUGUAGCUGAUAAUAUAUAUAGCUAUAUCUCCUCAACUAUCUCCGUGCCUGUAACCAUCUACCUCGCUCGCGUUCUCCCUCUCCCCUCCCCUAACCUUCAUCUACCUCAUCGACCUUCUUCCUUACUCUGCUUUCUCUCCCUCCUCGGUUCUUGCCCCUCGCCUAUUUCUUUCUCACCCACCACUUUCUUCACAGUGUCCUCGUUCCCUAUCUUCUCCCCUUCCUCUAUCUCAAUGCCUUUUACCACCUUCUCUUCACUCUCUCUUCGCCCUUUAUCUCCUUCCCCCUCCUCUACCUUCUCCACUUUGUCAUCCCUCCAUUUAAAUUAUCUACCUCUUGUGCACGUUCGAAUACAAUUUCUGAUUCCCGGUGGUAGUCGACUAUAUAACAGUAAAAUAAUAUAUGAAUAAUUGUGCUUAAAAAACCCUGGGCCGUGUAUGCCGUUAUUGGUGUAAGCCUUUGGUAUGUGACAGUGUUAAAAUAUGACAUCGUCCCGCCAUCUACCAAGAUAAAUAGUUUAUUAUCAUUGAGCAUAUGCUAAACAUUGUGCGGAACUGAACACUGUAGUAUUAGCGUGGUGUGACUAUCAAUGAAAUACAUCGAUAAACGAGUUGAAAAGCAUUAGGUUGCGUAUAUCACGCAUGAGUAUAGCUAGCAUAAAUAAUUUUAUAGUUUUUUUUUUAGCUAUAUCCAUUUUUGUGUUAUCCCUUCGCGGGGCAACAUGAACAAUUCUGCGACAUUUCUAUACUAUGUAUAGAUGGUUUUAUGAUAAUAAGCUCGGGCAAUUUUUAGAGAAACGUGUUUAGUGGUUGCGCCUUGGCGGUAGUGCAUUGCCCUAUAUAUAAAUAUAUAUAAUAUACCAUGUGAAAAAAACAAGAUGUUGUCUUGGUACAUGCAUGGGGUAGGUCACGUGAUUGACCGUGGGCACUUUUGUGGACAGCACUUAUAUACUAUUUACGUAAUAUGGACCAAUGUUUACGCGGACCCAAGUUUUCCAUGCCAUGCUUACCACGAUAAUAAAAGUUCAGUUUGAUGUUUUUUAACCCGCAAUGACGGUAUUUUCCACCGGGUAUGUCCGGAUUUAUCACUCUUCAUGAUAAUUGCCUUAUUAGUGCGAUUAGCGAUGAAUAUGAUAUUUGAAUGCACUAAAUUAAAAAUAGAUGUUCAAACUUUACGAUAUCUGCUAUGUUAUAUUAAUUUGUCAAUCCAGUUCAUUU